AUGGGUCAGACUCUCUCCGAACCCGUUGUCGAGAAGACUUCGGAUACCGGCGAAGAUGCGCGCCUCAUCUACGGUGUCUCUGCCAUGCAGGGCUGGCGGAUAAGCAUGGAGGACGCCCACAGCACCAAGCUCGACCUCCUCCCUCCCGGCAGCGAUGAAGCGAAGCAGCAUGCCUCCCGGCUCUCCUUUUUUGCAGUCUACGACGGUCAUGGCGGUGAUAAAGUAGCCUUAUUUGCUGGCGACCAGCUGCACGAGAUUGUCCGCAAGCAAGAAACUUUUAAGAAGGGCAACUAUGAACAGGCGCUGAAGGAUGGCUUCCUGGCCACGGAUCGCGCUAUCCUUAACGAUCCCCGCUACGAAGAGGAGGUCUCUGGUUGCACCGCCUGCGUCAGCCUCAUCAACGAUGACAAGAUCUAUGUCGCCAACGCUGGUGACUCGAGGGGUGUUCUGGGUAUCAAGGGCCGCGCCAAGCCCCUGUCGCAAGACCACAAGCCCCAGCUCGAAGCCGAGAAGUCCCGCAUCACCGCCGCUGGUGGUUUCGUCGACUUUGGCCGCGUCAACGGCAACCUUGCCUUGUCGCGUGCCAUUGGCGACUUUGAAUUCAAGAAGAGCGCCGAGCUCUCUCCUGAGGCGCAAAUCGUCACCGCCUUCCCCGACGUCGAGAUUCACGACAUCACGGAUGACGAUGAGUUCCUGGUCCUCGCGUGCGAUGGUAUCUGGGAUUGUCAGAGCUCUCAGGCUGUGGUCGAGUUUGUCCGCCGCGGUAUUGCCGCCAAGCAGCCCCUGGACAAGAUCUGCGAGAACAUGAUGGACAACUGUCUGGCGUCCAACUCGGAAACUGGUGGUGUCGGCUGCGAUAACAUGACCAUGACGAUCAUUGGUCUCUUGCGCGGCAGAAGUAAGGAGGAGUGGUACGAGGAGGUUGCCAAGCGGGUUGCUGCCGGUGACGGACCAUGCGCUCCUCCCGAAUACGCGGAAUUCCGGGGACCCGGUGUUCACCACAACUUUGAUGACAGUGAGGGCGAGUACGAGGUGGAUCAGGAGCAGAAGGGUGGCAAGAACUUUGGCAUCAGUGGCUACAAGGGCCGUAUCAUCUUCCUUGGCGACGGUACCGAAGUUCUCACCGACUCGGACGACACGGAAAUGUUUGACAACGCCGAGGAGGACAAGGACCUCGAGAGCCAGGUUUCCAAGGGCUCCUCGGCGGCGUCCUCCAAGGACGGCGAGGCGACCAAGACCGAGGGUGACUCCAAGGCUGAUGCAUCAAAGUCUACCGACGAAUCCAAGCCCGCCACGACCGCAUCCGAUGUCAAGGCCGCCGAGUCUGCGCAGAGCGAGUCGAAGGAGGAGGCCAAGGCCUCCGCCUAG